CAUUGCCAGGUUGGCAAUCCUGAUAUGCGUGCAGAUAUCCGCGUGCCAAUGGUGGAUCCCGGUGCCGGCUUCCCGGUUAGCGUCAAAUCGUGUUAUCGAUGCAUCCGGCGCGAGACUUCAACUAGGAAAGUCAGACUGUGUGGUAUAGCGGGGAUGUUUCCGCAUGCUUGCAUCCUCCCAGACAGAUGCCACGAGAUAGGCUUAUCAGCAAGAGUCGGCCUUUGCCAAGAUGUACAGUCGGUGCCAUCGAAUGCAGCGGAGAGAGAUGCUGAUAUCUACCAUGGACAUUCAAGAACCUGAUCUUGACUGGAACAACCCUGCCGCUUGUUAUCUCCAACAUCGACCAGUCUUCCACCUCGUUCAACUAAAGUGCUGAAAGAAGGCCGACAGAUUGCACCAUGGGCUCAUUAGGGUACCAGGUAGAGGACGACCUUGAUGUUGUCAAUGGCCACAAAGAGUUGCCGAAAGACUACAAAGGACUUUCCAACGGCAUCAACGGCAUCCACAUCCGUGGCCAUGUCGAGCCUACUCCUGGCCGUGGUCGUCCCAACCACUUCUACCCCAUCACUGGCGUCUAUCCAGGGGUACUACCCAAGACAACAGGUCAACGGCCGCCACUCAAAAUAGCCAUCAUAGGAGGAGGUCUAGCGGGAGCAGCAGCCGCAGGGACUCUUUCACGUCUACCGGACGUCGACGUCAAGGUGUAUGAAAGGUCGGACAAGGUCAGGGAGGCGGGAGCCUUGAUAGGAGUCAUGGUUUCUGCUAUGCGGUCGCUGUCAAGAAUGUUAUCACCCGCUUCGUGGGAGAGACUGCAAUACCUUCUCUACCGUGGGGACGAUUGUGAAGGCAUCAAUCAUCGUCAUUGGCGGACGGGCGAGAUCCUAACAAAUGCUCUGUCGCCGCACACACCUAGGCACAUGCAAGAGGGUCGCAUCAGUCGAAUUGCUCUGCAUGAUCUGCUCGUGAGAGAUGUCCCCGAUGAUGUGAUAAACUACUCCAGCAGCGUGCUGCGAGUGGAAAAGAACGAACCCAGCGGCAUGAGAAUUGUCUUCGAAGACGGCCGGGUUGAGGAGGCCGAUCUGGUCGUGGCAGCGGAUGGCCUGUACUCUAAAAUCAGGAGGAAGUACCUGCCUGACGGCACGAUCGCCUACAGAGGCCGUGUGUCAUAUCGGCAGAAUGUUCCUAUGGAACUGGUGCAACAUAUCAAAGGUCUGCCAGAUGACACGUCAUCCUGGCGCAGAAAUGGAGAAGUCGUCUUUCUCUCGAAACUAGAACCCGGAGUAUACUCCUUCGUGACCAUGGCUUCUGAGUCGGAAGAAUACGCCAAAACGCUGGAAUGGCGUCACUCAAUGGGCAAAGCGGGUAUUGAUCGACUCUUGGAACAUUUCAAAGACUGGGAUCCGAUUAUUAAUGAGGUCGUAAAAGCCUUGCCAAAUGUCGAAGCCUACCCAUUGCAAUCAUCACCUUGGAUGAGAGACCUUAUUCGUGACGAUGCUGUUGCUUUCGUGGGAGACGCUGCACACCCCACAGCCGGUGCCUACGGUGCUGGCUGCUCUUUCGCCUUCAGCGACGUCAGAGCGCUUUGCCUUUCACUUUGGCGGACUCAUCAGUCCAGCUCAACAAUCUCAGAGGCGAGUACAGCGCCGUACGAUGUGCCGUAUGCGUUACGGUUGUACAAUGAAACACGACGACACUUUCUCGCCCGUGUCGAGGAGCAGAUCAAGUUGGAUAAGCUGGACACUGCCUACGUUGCGGCCGCUGGGUCCGACGAGAAGGAGUGGAUCAGAAGAUAUAGGGAACGUUUUACUAUCAAUUGGUGGAUUCUGGAGCAUGAUGUCGAUGCUAAGUGGCAAGAGGUGGAAGCCAUGGAGCGGCAUAAGGACAGGAGCCAGAAGGCAAUUGUGGAAGCGGCCAAUACCAUCGUCGGGGAUUGAGCUCGGUGUUGUACAGUAUCGUGUAUUUACUGGCAUGGAUUCCGAAUGAUAAAGAGCUUCAAUGAAGGGCCUUCAAGUCAACCUUCGAUUCUAGAUG